CACACGCAGAUGGACACGUGGCGAGAAAUGGGUCGUCGGUAUCUUAAGCUCCCAAAAGACAAACUGUCUGAGAUGAGAUUGUAUGGCUUUGGUAUCCUAAUCCCUUCUCCACUAUCCCAUACCAAUGGAUACCACCCUUCUCCUCACCUUGUCUUCCAUGGCUAAGCGACCUUGUCCUUCUCAAAACCCUACAAUCCAAAACCCUAACCUCGAUUUCGACAUGGAUGACCAUAUCGACCACCUCCUUGAGACAAUCCUUCUUCGACAGUAUUCCCCUCCCACCGAUUCAUCCCUAGCCCCAUCCUCUUCUUCUUAUUCUUCUUCCAUCGAUCUCUCCUUUGAGAGGCUCCUCGACUCCAGGACCUCCGAUUCGGAUCAAACUCAGCUCAUCGAUCGCGCCAUGGGUUUGGGAACUCUACUCCUUGAAGCUGGUAAGCGUUCUGCCAGAAAACGCGCCUCAAAGCACAAUUCUCUUGCCUGGGCUCUCCCUCCUGACCUCACCAUCAAGGUCUUUUCCAUGCUUGACACACAAAGCCUUUGUUAUGCAGCGGCUACUUGUUCUAUGUUUAACAAAUGUGCUAUAGAUCCCUCUUGCUAUGCCAACCUUGAUCUGACAACUGAUGUCCCCAAAGUUAACAAUGCAGUAGUAUCCACAAUGAUCCACCGAGCAGGGAAAUCCCUUCAGUCUUUAAAGCUUGGUGUAGUUCAAGGCCCAAAUGUAUUGGCUGGAUCCUGUCAGCCAUUAGUUUAUACAAUUAGAAAUUCUGUAGAAGUAUCUAACUUUUCAUGGAACGACAAACGAUCUAGACAAGGGAAAGAGUCGUCUAUUCUUACCCGAUCUUGUUUAAGCCCUUUAGUUGGUGACAAUGGUGCUCCAGGGACCCUUUUGAGAAGGUUGCACCUUUACAAUAUUGAAAGAAUGGAUAACACAUCACUUUGUGGGGCAUUGACAGCCUGCCCCUCUCUCCUUGAUUUGGAAAUCGUUGGCCUUCAUGUUGAAUUGAGGCAAACAUUGAUGUCAGUUAGUGCAAACUGUCAUCUGAUCGAGCGUUUGUUCUUUGAAUCUUCAAAAACAGGUAGAGAUGACAGUUUGAAGUCGCCAACCUGCGUUGAAUUCGUGAAUAAUUGCCCUAAUCUGAAUUCAUUGGCCCUUAGGGGAUUUAAGCUGCAUGAUUAUAAAGUUCGCAUACUUGUUAAGGGAUUUAGAAAAUUAAAAUAUGUUGACUUUUCAACUUCCUAUUCUAUCACUGGAACUUUUCUGAGGAACCUUGGAAGCAGCAUUGGGGGAAAUUUGCUAGAAUUCUUGAUUUUACGGGACUGCAUGCAUCUCAAAGAGGUUGAAGUUGCUCGACUUUUGACUACUAUUAUCACAGGGGAUUUCAAGUACCUCAGAACUCUUGACAUAUCCAAUAGGGAAGGUUUGGCUUCAGAGAGUGACUGGUAUGAUAGAUGUUACACCUCUAGUGUAAUCCCAAUAAAGCAGAUGUUGGAUGCAAGACCUGAUAUUUGUUUGUUGGCUGAGUUUCCAUCAGAAGGAAGGUUGGUUUAUUCUUCAGUAAUUGUUGUUGGCUUUGGAACUACAAAAAUUUCACUUAUGAUGAUAAAAACAAUUAGUAGUAGGAGAUAUAUUUACCGAUCUCAUAUUGGGUGUGGAUUGUUUUGCAGUUACAUUGAGAUUGAUCAAAUGUUUGAGAGUGAGCUAAAUAGUGAUAUCAGUCUGCCAUCACAACUGAGCAGUCAUACUUCAGAUGGAUCAAUGUUUAUGAGUUUUUCUGAAAGCAGUUACAAUAGUGACCAUGGUAGUGGCAAUGAGGAUGGUCGAGAUGCAGGUUUUGUUGUUUUUGAGGAAAGCUCAGAUGAGGUUGACUUUAUUGUUGUGUGAAAUAAGUAUCUAGUAUGGCAAGGAUUGAAAUUUGUGGAACAAUUGGAUUAGGUACUCCCUCACACCCUCAUAAUUACAAACACAUAUUCUUGCAGGUUGCAGGUUGUUUCUACUGAUUGCAUCAUCAUGUGGAUUUCAGCUUCAUAACUUGUGUUUGUGUCACUUUACAUUACAUUUGUUGCUAAUUGCAUGUGCAUUACAAAGACUGGUCAAAGUUUUCGAUUCCUAUUUUCUACACAGAUAAACACAGUUUUCAGUACAUUCUUAUACCCCUAAAAGAAAAAAGGGAAGAAGGAGCGUGCUGCAUUUUUCAGAACAUAUAGUUAAAUUAUCUGUUCAUAAACUUGUAUCACUGCAUUUUGUACAAGGUAACAGUACUCUUAUCACCCUGUGCACAUGUUUUGACAAACAGCGUAGAGGUGCUACAGAAUUCGGAGGCUCUAUCUAACACAGCUUGAUCAAGUGUGGUUGGCAAAAUUGAGUCACAUAACAGUGAUUAUGGCAUCUCAUCCUUGCCCCUGUGCCACUUUGGAAGCUGUACAAGCAUUUCAGCUUAUGGUUGUUUGAGUUCUCAUGCUUGAGAGCAAGAUGUAGUCAUUUGAAGGGCCUUCCAAAUGUUUUUCUUUGGCUUCAUUUCCAUUGUUAAUCACAUCAUUCAGAGGUCGAUAGUUAUCUUUUUUUAACUCCCUUUCAAUUUGCACCGAAAGAGCUCUUCACAAAUUCAUUAUGGUUUGUCGUUAAUAUCUUAGCUCAGAAACGGGCAAAACAUGUUGCAGGGUCAUAACAUUAUUUACGAACCAAAAAGAAAAGAAGACAAUAAAAGGGGACAUCGCAAGUGACUGACUACAUGUAUGUAUAGUACUAGUUUUUCCUUGGUUUUUCUGGUUAAAUGGAAUUUUGGCGUUAGAUUGUAAGUUUUUUGUUAUGAUUAGUGUUGUUAUAUAGGCGGGUAAUCCCUGCAUAUUUUCCAUUGGA